AUGGUGACACUAAUGCUUGCAUUGUUGUGUGUGUAUACAGAUUGUCCAUUGGAUUUUACUUCAUCGAAUUUCACUCUAGUAGCUUCAGUGUGCUCCAACAUAACCAACCGAGGCAAAUGCUGCCGCUACAUGAACGCUCUUGUUGCGUUUUCCGUGGCACGUUACGCAAACUUGUCAACAAACCUUGGAGUCUCAUCAGAUUUAUCCCAAACCUGCAUUGCUUCCAUCUCUAGAUCCAUGGAGCUCCACGGAGUCUCGAGAAACGCGACUAGCUUCUGCGGUUUGGGAACCAAGAUCCUUGUUAAGUACAACUGCGAAGGCCGAACCACUGUUACACAGAUGCACCAGUCUCCCAAAUUCGGACACGUUACAAGAAACUGCAGGCUCCCGCUUUCUCCCGCAAACCAAUGCAGGAAGUGUCUGAACUCUGGUAUCACUUACCUUCGUGAUCUCGUGGGCGCAGAGACUAAAAACAUCACUCUAAGCACUUGUCGUGAUGCCACUUAUGCUGCAUUAGCAAGCCGAAUCGACUAUACAUCGGCUCUUGAACUCCUUAGUUGUUUCUUUCAAGUGACUGAACUUAGCAUCCCUUCAGAAUCAUUUCCACCAUUGGCAAGUCCAGAACAUUCUCCAAGCACGGCUGGCGUUAUAAGCCCAAGCAGCAUUGAUUCUCUGUUGACUCCAGGUCAAAACAACAAUCCGUAUCACUUAACAUUGGUUCCAACCAUUGGGAUUGUUGUUACAGCUCUUGCUCUUACGAUGCUCGUUGUUCUUGUCAUUCUCAUCCGUAAAAAGAACCGGGAACUCGAUGAAUCCGAGAGUUUGGAUAGAAAAUCAACGAAAACACUUCCUUCUCCUCGACCUGUGUUCAAGAUUCAUGAAGAUGAUUCUUCACCUUUCCAGAAAUUCAGCUUCAAGGAAAUGAGAAAUGCAACGAAUGAUUUCAACACUGUGAUUGGUCACGGAGGCUUUGGAACUGUUUACAGAGCUGAGUUCAGCGAUGGACUGGUCGCAGCUGUAAAGAGAAUGAACAAAGUCACUGUACAAUCUCAGAAAGAUUUCUGCAGAGAGGUAGAGCUUUUAGCUAAGCUCCAUCACCGUAACCUCGUCUCUUUGAAAGGCUUUUGCAUCCAAAAGAAAGAAAGGUUACUCAUCUAUGACUAUAUGGGAAAUGGCAGUUUAAAAGAUCAUCUACAUUCUAUAGAAAAGCCUCCACUUAGUUGGGGAACAAGAAUGAAAAUCGCCAUUGAUGUAGCGAAUGCUUUGGAAUAUCUUCAUUUCUACUGUGAUCCACCUCUCUGCCACAGAGACAUUAAAUCAAGCAAUAUACUACUAGACGAGAACUUCGUCGCUAAACUUUCAGAUUUUGGCCUUGCACAUUCGUCUAGAGAUGGCUCUGUUUCUUUUGAGCCUGUGAAUACCGAUAUCCAUGGAACUCCAGGUUACGUAGAUCCAGAGUAUGUAGUAACGCAAGAGCUGACGGAGAAGAGUGAUGUGUACAGCUAUGGAGUUAUGUUGCUGGAGCUCAUAACCGGGAAGAGAGCGGUUGAUGAAGGUAGGAACCUUGUGGAAACGUCUCAGCGGUUGUUGGUGACGAAAUCAAGACACGUGGAUUUGGUAGACGCGAGAAUCAAAGACUCCAUUGAUGAUGAUGAUGGAGAGAAGCAGCUUGAAGCUGCAGUGACGGUUGUGAGACUGUGUACUGAGAAAGAAGGCCGGUCUAGGCCAUCGAUUAAGCAAGUCUUGAGACUGUUGUGUGAGAGCUGUGAUACGUUGCAUAGCGGAUUUGCUAGAGCCGUCGAGGAAGAGAUAGGGCAAGAUUCUAGGAAGAGAACCGUUUUGAGAUUUCAAAAGAGCAAUAACCGGAUCUUUGGUUCAUCGUCUAGUACAAAUUCCAGGUCGUUUUGCAGCCGGAGUUUACCUCACUCUCCAUCUCCCAAGUCCCAAAGCCAAAGCCAAAGCCAAAGUCUUCCCUUUUUGUCGGUUGUUAUAUUACAUUACCAGGCCUUUCUUGCUAUUAUGUCCCCUUCUUACCAAGGACCAGUAAGGGUCCUUCUCAAGCAUUGCCUUUUCGCCAGCCAUGGCGGCUGCUUAGACGAUUCUUUUGGCUGUAAAUUCAAGAAGCAGUAUCAGUGA